AUGAACACUGUCCAAUGGAAACCUGAAGCUGUAAAUAAACACAGCUACAGAGGCCAUAACACUGGGCUACAAGAGGCUGCUCAUUCAAACUUGGAGCCACGACAACAACAUGACGAACAAACAACAGUGGGGCAAGAGGAGGAAGAGGAGGGAGAGGACUGUGUCUACAUGAGAACAGCCCUCACUGGAGAACAGCCCUCACUGGAGAACAGCCCUCACUGGAGCAAAGCCGUCACUGGAGCAAAGCCCUCACUAGAGAACAGCCCUCACUGGAGCAAAGCCGUCACUGGAGCAAAGCCCUCACUAGAGAACAGCCCUCACUGGAGCAAAGCCGUCACUGGAGCAAAGCCCUCACUAGAGAACAGCCCUCACUGGAGAACAGCCCUCACUAGAGAACAGCCCUCACUGGAGCAAAGCCCUCACUAG